AUUAAUGUCAAAUACAAAUGUGAUUCAUUCAAUACAAAAAAAAUGGCAAUUCAAGUCAAUAAUAUCAUGUGUGAGUUGCUGCCUAUGUAGAGUGAUUCAGAUCGCUCACUAACGAGUUUGAAAUAGUUAAACAUUCUUUCCAAUCCUUUGUAAUAUUAAUACUUGACUUUAUCCUUGCUUGUGACGAUCACAAAUGCUCUGUAGUUGGUAUUAUAAUUGUGAUUACUUAACACUUGCUUACAUUUACAGAUAAAUCAAUCCUUUAUCUUAUCAUUUGAAUGUGUUUUCUGUAUGUUAAUUUCCAUUAUUUUUUUAGCAUGUGAACAGGACUUUUAUUUUGGUGUGGUGAUAUGUCGUCAUAAGUCUGCGCCAAGCUCCUGCAUCUGUUGUGAUUCUGCUGAAGAAAGAGUGUCCAAACACACAGAGAAACUCCUGGUGAAGCAUCUGAGAUCCACGUGACCCACUAUUAUAAAGAUGGAGUUUAUUAAAGAGGAGAUUGAAGACGUGAAGAUUGAAGAAACAUUCAGAGUCAAACAUGAAGAAACUGAGGAACAAACAGACCUGAUGGCAUUAAAAGAGGAGAGUCAAGACCUGAAUGAAAUAGAAGAGAAAGACCAGUAUGAGAAAUAUCAUGAUCUUAUUACUGGAGAAAAGUCAUUUGGUUGCUCACAUACUAAAAAGACUUCACGAAAAAGAGCAAAUGGAUGUUAUUUCACCUGCCAACAGUGUGGAAAAAGUUUCAACAGAAAAGAACGUCUUAAAAACCACAUUAGGCUUCAUACUGGAGAGAAGCCUUACACCUGCCCUCAGUGUGGAAAGAGUUUCACUGAAAAAGUAACCCUUAACAGGCACAUGAAAAUUCACACGGGAGAAAAGCCUUUUACCUGCCAACAGUGUGGAAAGAGUUUCAACAGAAAAGAACAUCUUAAAGGCCACAUUAGGCUUCAUACUGGAGAGAAGCCUUAUACCUGCUCUCAGUGUGGAAAGAGUUUCACUGAAAAAGUAGCCCUUAACGGGCACAUGAGAAUUCACACUGGAGAAAAGCCUUUUACCUGCCAACAGUGUGGAAAGAGUUUCACUCAUAAAGGAAACCUUACAAAACACAUGAGAAUUCACACUGGAGAGCAGCCUUACACAUGCUCUCAGUGUGGAAGGAGUUUUAGACAAAGAGCAACUUUUAAUGUCCACAUGAGAAUUCAUACUGGAGAGAAGCCUUUCACAUGCCCUCUGUGUGGAAAGAGUUUUGCUGAAAAAGGAAAGCUUAAAAAACAUAUGAACAUUCACACCGGAGAGAAGCCUUUCACCUGCAAACUGUGUGGAAAGAGUUUCAAUCGAAAAGUAAACCUUAAUAACCAUGUGAGAACUCACACUGGAGAGCAGCCUUUCACAUGCCCUCAAUGUGGGAAGAGUUUUACAUAUGAAACAACUUUUAUUGUCCACAUGAGAAUUCACACUGGAGAGAAGCCUUACACAUGCUCUCAGUGUGCAAGGAGUUUUAGACAAAGAGCAACUUUUAAUGUCCACAUGAGAAUUCAUACUGGAGAGAAGCCUUUCACAUGCCCUCUGUGUGGAAAGAGUUUUGCUGAAAAAGGAAAGCUUAAAAAACACAUGAACAUUCACACCGGAGAGAAGCUUUUCAUCUGCCAACAGUGUCGGAAGAGCUUCACAACAGAAAUAAACCUUAGGAAUCACAUGAUCAGUCACACUAGAGAGAAGCUGUUCACAUGUGAUCAGUGUGGAAAGAGUUUCACUCGGAAAGGAACACUUAAUUCCCACAUGAAGGUUCACAAUUAAUUGUGAUCAAUGUGAUUAAAACAAUCUUUGCCACACCAAACUUGCUCAUCCAUGUCUUUAUGGACCUAUCUUUGUGCACUGGUGCGCAGUUGUGAUGCCCACUAAAGUGUUAUCACAUUUGUGGUAGUUUCUGUAAUUUUAUAGUUAAUGUUUUUGAGUAUUUGUUCAGGGGUAAUGAACCUGGUUCCACCAUCCUUUCAGUAAAAUAUGUUAUAUAGAGGUCAGGAGUAAUUGUGGAGUUCGCCAACAGGGGGUAGUGUGGCGCUUAUUGUGCUCCAGGGGGCUUUACGUCAGUUUGGUCCGGUUUGCGGUUUUCCUCUUUCUGCUGAGCGAGAUGAAAAACUGACGCAGAGUUUGCCCCGUCUCAUUUAUUUCUCCUGUUUCCAGGUUGGUGGAAUAGUAAAUUAAGCUAAGUACCUGAAGUGUAAUAUGUUGACAUGUCGCUGAAUGUUUUAAUGUCCGCUAUUAAGGCUGUUUUAUGAAUAUGUGGACAUAUAUGUACAUAUAGCAGUAGCCGCAUUUUUGCGCCUAUUAACGUCACCUGUUGCUACCAAAGUCACGUCAGACAGAGUUUUAUUUUUAGCUCCUUGAACAUUUUUGUAAAGACUUAAUACUUUUGAAAUGUAUGAUAUUGUGUAAAAUGUUAAAAGCUAAUGUUAAAAACAAAUGUGAUAUAUUUUAAAAGUGGUUCAAAAUAAGUUUAAAAUCUGUCAGCUCAUGCAUUUUGGGAAGAGUAAAAAUGACUUUAGCUGGAAAUGGAAAAUGCAUUUAGGAACCAUAUGUGAUAACCUAAACUGUUUUAUUUUGAGUUGCAAAGAGACAACUUACAGGGUAACAGUGGUUGUCAUUUUGAUUUAUUUAGUCACACAAAACUUAUAACUCAGUAUUUGCUGAAAGAUGAAAAAAAGACAAAUUGUAUUUUAUUUUGAAGUCGUGUUUAUUUCAUAAUGAACAUUGAGUGUUUGUAACAGAGGAGGAUUUAAAUUGUGAAUGUCUAAUAAAUCCUCUUUCUGCUGAGCGAGAUUAAAAAAACGGACGCAGAGUUUGCGCUGUCUCAUUUAUUUCUCCUGUUUCCAGAGAGAGCAUAUAAGCUGUUUACGUGGUGCCAGCUGGUAUCUGUAA